GGCCUGUCGCGAGGGGCCGUCCCUGAAGAAACGGGCUUCUUGUGCCGCCUCACGGCCUGGUCUCGGGGGGAAAGAAGCGCCUCACUGUGUUCACCGGGAGCGGCGGGGUGGGGAAAACUUACCGUGUUCACCGGGAGAAGGAGCAGGGGCCCCGCUCGGUGAACGCAGCAGGGCAUGGCGGCGGCGGCGGCGGCGCGGAGCCUGAGCGUGGGCCUCAGGCUGGGAACAGGAAGAGCAUUUGCAAAGUGGACAGUCUACCCCUUUCUUCAGUGCACCUCGGUUACCCAGACUGGAUUGACCACAUGGAUGCCGCUCCCUUUUUUAUUCCAUCAGUAUAGAUACAGCAGCUUCUUCAACAAAUUGACAGCAGAUGAAUUAUGGCGUGGUGUAUUGGCAGAAUUUGGCGCUGGUGCACGAAAGGGCAGAGGUAAACGAACUAAAAGGAAGAUGAAGAAAGAUUUGAAUAGAGGCCAGAUGAUCGGUGAAGGCCGAGCUGGGUUCCUCUGGCCUGGUUUGAAUGCUCCUGUGGUGAAAAGUGGAACCAUUCAAUCAAUUGGAAAACGUGACCGAUCCCAGCAGGUGGUGUUGCAGGCUGAAGCCCUGAGAGAACGAGAGGAAUGGGACAAGAGAAGGAAAAUAAAAAUCAAAAGAGAAAAAGGCUGGACUGGAAACUCCUGGGGUGGUGUCAGUCUGGGUCCCCCUGACCCUGGUCCUAAUGGAGAAACUUAUGAAGACUUUGACUCCAGAGUGAUUGAGGUUAAAAGUGUCUUCAAUAUGACAGCAAAAGAAGGAAGGAAGAGAUCUGUCAGUGCUCUGGUGGCUGUUGGAAAUGCAAAUGGAGCUGCAGGUUUCGCAUUGGGUAAAGCACCUGACAGAACAACUGCUCUCCGAAAGGCAAAGAACAGAGCCAUCCACUACUUGUACUACAUCGAGCGAUACAACAAUCACACCAUUUAUCAGGAUAUAACAUCGAAGUUCAAACGAACAACAAUCAAAAUGAAGAAACAAAACUACGGGUAUGGAUUACAUUGUCACCGAGCAAUCAUUACGAUAUGCAAAUUAAUUGGAAUUAAGGACAUGUACGCCAAGGUUACUGGAUCUACCAAUCUAUUGAAUAUUACCCGAGCCCUCUUUCAAGGAUUGUCAAAACAGGAGACUCACAGUGACUUAGCCAAUAAGAAGGGGUUACAUGUAGUAGAGUUUCGAAGUGAGCGUGGGUCAUUGCCCCUGAUAGUUGCCUCCCCAAGUGGCCCUGUCAGGAAGAUGCCCGAACCUGAUGAUGAAAUUCCUAACACCAAAUUGGAUUGGAGUGAAGUGAAAGCAGCACAGGGUAUGAAACAAUCGGUCUGGGCAAAUGUCAAGCGCACAAUUUGGUGAUCAGCUGGUACUUUCUGGCAAAUGCUGUUGAGGCAGUUUUACCUACUGAAUUUGCAAAGAAAAUGAGAGAUUCUAGCUGAGAACGCAGCUCUCUCCAGAGCUUAACACAAGACAGAAGAAUGAUAUGUUUAACAUCAUCAGCCCUGAUUGUAGUUUAUGGAUGAAAGGAUUGGCUAAUUAAGUAUUUUUCCAGCGUGCUCCAGUUUCUUUAUCUGUACCCAUGGAGCUUUACGAACAUAUGUUAAAGUUUGUUGUUAUCCAUCAUAAAACAAAUAAAAUCCCAUUGUGUUUAAUUUAAUAAAAUGCUGACUUUGUUAGUGUUAAUCCAAAAUUAAUUUUCUUGUACAUGGUACAUCUGCUGAGGGUGGGAGUGAAAGGGAAUUGCACAUUAAUGCAAGCAUUCCAAAUAUCAUCAAAAAAAUGCUUCAUUGUGUUCAUUUUAAAUGGGAUUGUAAAACACUAUAUGAUUAGUCAAUAAGUGUUGGCCCUGCCAUUAAAAUAUUGCUGUUAACAUUUAAAACUGAUUUAGAAGAAAAGUAACUUUUUUUCUUUGGAAGGCAUUAGUAAUGUUUCAGGAUGUUACAUAAGACAUUAUCUGUUGAUUUACUCAUAGCUCUUUUUCAUCUUUGAUAAGCAUAGUUUAAACUACAGAUGUGAUAGAAAUACAUCAACCUUAUUUUUUUUACUGAACACUUACUUUAAAUGGUUAAUUGAUAUAAUUUUAAUAUUUUAAGUUGAUACUUUUUAAAAAUAAUACUUAGAUCUACUUUUGAAGAACAAAGUUUUUCUCACAAUUUAGGGGAGAAAUCUUAGUUGACAACUAAUUAGAAAACUUCAGUUUGGUUUUAGCUAACAAAGUAGCAAAAAGGUAGAUUAGAGAUGGAAUAGAUCCGAUGCCUUCACUUUAGCUACCAUAUGCUGACUAAUGCCAGGUUCUAUUUCAAGAAUGUUUAUAUGCUAGUAUUGGGAGAUCUAUUAUAUAUAGCUCAUAAUUGCCCUGUUCAGUAGUCCCUGGUGCAUUCCUGUCUCUCGCUUCUGAAUUUUGUGCAGAGUAUGCUUUAAAGCAGAAUAUGAAAUGACUAACAAUGUUUCUAAACUAACACUUCAGUAGUAUGUAAACACUAAGAUGAAUGCUAUGUGUUAACUAAUAGUUGGGUAAACAGAAGGCUAACCAGUUUUAAAUGGAAUGUUAUGGUUCUAAUUUAUGUGAUUCUUCAGCAUUUUAAUUAUGUAAAAGUUUUAAUGUUUUUUAGUUUGUAUAUAAAGCGAUCAUUUCUCUGCAAAUAA